ACCGGAAUCGACUACGCUCGCCGCCGGAUUUGCCGCAAUCUGCCGAUCUCAGUCAAAAAACUUUCACUAAAAAAAUAUUAAUAAUGGGCCUAGGGAGUCUUAAUGGGCUAUCUCAGUAGUUUGGUAUUGUGCAAGUCUCGUGUCUAAGUUUAUGUGUACAAAAUCUAGAUAUGUAGUGCUUUUUGUUUUUUGUAAUGAGAUUGUAUCUAACCGGAUCCCGCUAGACUCGCCACCAGAGUUGAUAAUGGGCCUACGGACAGUAAUGGGCUCAAUUAUGUAACCCAAUAACGGUCUACCUAGCACAGUUUUUAUCCAAGUGUGAAACACGUUGUGUAGCUCAGUUUGUUUGGUAUGUGAUGUGUGAUCAUGUCUGAUUUGUACGAGGAUAAGUAAAUGUACUACCGUAGUAGUUGGAUAGUUUUUAUUCUCUGGUUGCGAAAUUAAAAAAAAAAAAAACAUGGGAGAUGAAGUUGUUGAAGUGAUCUCUAAGAGCAUAGUACGACCAGAGAGCUACAACGAGGAAUCGGAUCGGGUUAAGAUCCAUCUCACUCCAUGGGAUCUCUUCUUUCUUCGAUCCGAAUACCCACAAAGAGGUCUUCUCUUUCCUCAACCCGACCCGGAAACCCAAUUUGUCUCUCGAUUAAAAUCCUCUCUCUCCGUCGCUUUGAACAUCUUUUACCCAUUCGCCGGUCGUCUCGUCAAGGUCGAGAACCAAGACGACGGAACAGCGUCGUUUCACGUAGAUUGUGAUGGUUCAGGUGCCAAAUUCAUCCACGCUUCAGCUAAAUCCGUUUCGGUGAGUGAUGUUUUAGAGCCUCUCGAUGGUCAUGUCCCUGAUUUCUUGAAACGUUUUUUCCCGGCGAACGGAGUUACAAGCUGUGAAGGGAUCUCUGAUUCGUUAAUCGCGUUUCAAGUAACGGAACUGAAAGAUGGAGUUUUUAUUGGAUUUGGUUAUAACCAUAUAGUUGCUGAUGGAUCUUCGUUUUGGAGUUUCUUCAAUUCUUGGUCGGAGAUUUGCUUUAACGGGUUUGAUCCCCAUCACCGGAGAAAGUUUCCUCCUUUGCUUCUCCGUGGAUGGUUUCUCGACGGGAUUGAGUAUCCGAUUCGAAUUCCGACCUCAGAGACAGACACACCGAACCGGGUUGUUGUUACUUCAUCGUUGAUACAAGAGAAGAUUUUUCGAUUCACAAGUGGAAACGUCUCUGAGCUGAAAGCGAAAGCCAACGGCGAGGUUAGUGUUGAUGACCGGAAGAUAUCGUCGCUUCAAGCGGUUUCGGCGUAUAUGUGGAGAUCGAUAAUCAGAAACAGUGAAUUGAGUCCGGAAGAAGUGAUUCAUUGCAAGUUACUGGUGGAUAUGAGGCAAAGACUAGACCCUCCGCUUAAGAAAGAGUGUUUCGGGAAUAUGGUCGGGUUCGCUACGGCGACGACCACCGUCGCGGAGAUGCUUAACAAUGGUCUUGGUUGGGCUGCUUUGCAAAUAAACACAAGUGUUGGUUCACAAACGAAUGAAAAGGUUAGAGAGUUUGCUGCGGAUUGGGUGAAGAGACCGAGUAUAAUGAAUGUUAAGGCUUUGAGCAACUCUAUAGUGAUUGCUAGCUCUCCUCGGUUCAAUGUAUAUGGAAAUGAUUUUGGCUGGGGUAAACCGAUUGCGGUUCGAGCUGGACCGGGAAAUACUUGUGAUGGCAAACUCAUUGCUUAUCCUGGAACAGAACAAGGAAACAUCGAGAUUCAGACGUGUUUAUCGUCUACUGUUUUGGAAAAAUUAUCGACUGAUGUAGAGUUUUUGAAACAUGUAUGUGUUGUAUAAGUGAAAUCAUCCGAAUCAUAUGUACUUUAAAUAAAUUCACGUGUGAAUUUAUUCGAUUUGCUUAAGUUUUCAAGAGUUUCAUCUCUUAGAAUUUUGU